AUGACGGGCUUCAUUACGAAUUAUAUUCAAAACACGGCCAUGGGCAUGGCAUCCAGCGCCAUUACCGCUGCUGGAAACGUAGCUGGUAAUGCCGUUGGCGGUGUAGGCUCUAUGAUACAGAACAGUGGACAAGCCGUCGGAACUGGCAUCGAAGGCAGCAUCAGCAAAUGGGGCGACUACAUCAACAGCUACGGCGACCGCGCAGUCGCCGCAACAGCACCAAACGCGAACUCCGCACCAACAGCAGUCAAGAAACAAAAGCCCUCCCUGCACCCGCCAAAGGCCCAGGCGCAAUCCCAAAGCAAAAGCUUUACCCGCCGCUCCCUCGUCAGCACAAAAGCACUUCCCGCUCCUGCCUCCAAGCCAAAGACACUGGGAGCAAACACGCCUUCCUACGCCGGCGCAGUCAAGAAAACAGCAGUCUCCACAGCUUCAAAACCAAAGAGUGUGGUUGGGGGAAGCCCUGUUCCUUCUGUGGGUGGUUUGCCCAAGCCUUCGGUGCCAAAACCUGCUGUGUCGGGAUUACCUGCUGUUAACUCGAAACCUUUGUCUUCUUUACCACCUGUAAACUCGAAGCCAUUGUCUUCUUUGCCUGCUGUCAAUCCUAAACCUUUGGCUGGCUCUGCAGCAGGUAAAGUCAAGGUUAGUGCGGCAAGCAAACCAAAGACCAGUGGUGGAUUGCCUAGAGCGCCCGUGGAUGGAUUGCCAAAGCCUCCUGGUGUGAGUGGACUUACCAAGGCACCUGCUGCUGCUGCGAAUGGCUUGCCAAAGAUUUCAAGCUCGAGUUUGCCGCCUGCCAAUGUGCCGAAACCUCUUUCGAGUACUAAGGUGAGAGUUGAUCCUGCCAGCAAGCCUAAGAAGUGA